UCUUCAAAUGGAYGAGCCUACCGCUGUACAAGAAAUUUCUUUCGCAACAAGUCAUCGCCAGAUUUACAAAGGAUUGUUAUUUAUUUAACAGGUUAGUAAACAUAAUAUGCCAUAGUAAUUAAUCCACCCCUUCCCCUCCCCMCUUCCCCUUUCCGACCUCUUUUUCUUCCCGCGCUAAGCAGAGUACAGGCCUCCCCUGUCUUUCCCUUACAAAUCUAGAAUAACAACAAAAUUAAUCAAGUGUCUAAMUGUUUUAGGGUCGAAUGGCAGCAAUCACAAUUUAGUUUUUGUCCAAUAUAUUUUUGAMAAAGACGAACAUGAAAUAGAAGUAAAACCCCAUGGUAAUUCUAAAGGAAGAAGCAAAGAGUAUUAUCGUACAUCUUACACCRCAAUGGAGAAACUGAAAAAAUUAGCCCAAAAAAAUACACCUAAAACAGCAUUUUAUGAGAGCAUCGAGGAAGUGGGAGGAAUAAGCGACAUCCCGAAUGCCGCAAGUCAUGCACGGAACUUUCAGCAAAUAAAAAAUAUCAAAACAAUAAAAGAAAAACCUGCCGAUGAUGUUUUAGAACUGGUGGAGAUGUUGAAGGAGGGUGAACGGGAUCCUAAGAAAGCAUUUGUACGUAAGGUAGAUUCAGCACGGGAUCCCACUGUUGUUCUUACUACUGAUCAACAGUUAAAUGACAUCAGUCGGUUUUGCACAAAUCCCGCUAAAUUCAGCGUAUUGGGARUUGACCCCACUUUCAAUUUYGGAAAAUACUACGUUACACUAACAACGUAUAGACAUCUUCUCUUGUGCAAUAAGCGCGGUGAACACCCUGUAAGAAUUGGGCCUACGCUGGUCCACCAUAGAAAAGAGAGUGCGAGUUACUAUGAGUUAACAGCAUCKAUGGUGAAGUUAAACAAGAACACGCAAAAUGUCCUUGUGUAUGGCACAGACGGAGAAAAGGCCUUGAUUGAAGGUUUUGGAAGACCACUCCCUUUCGCACAGCAUCUCCAAUGUGACAUACACAUGAAGGAUAAUAUAAAGUCAAAGCUUACCGAAAUGGGAAUACGUGGUAAAGCUGCUGAUAUCAUGUUUACGGAUAUCUUUGGUGCCGAUAUUGGCCAUAAUAGGGUUCCCGGAGUUAUUGACUCUAAAAAUGAGACAGAUUUUGACAACAACAAAAAAAACCUGAAAGAUAAAUGGGUUUCUCUCCACAAUCAAGGUGAGCGUUUCUUUGAGUACUUUGAAAAAAACAAAUCACAGAUUGUGAAGAAAACCAUGAUGCCUGAAAUACGGGCUAUGGCAGGACUUGGUUGGCCUCCUGCGGUGUACAACCAAAAUGCAAAUGAGUGCAUGAACUCUAUUUUGCAGYGAGAGAAAUCUUUUACUGGAAAAAAAAGCUUACAAUUUCUGAGUUCUCUCGCCUUUUAGAGAAGGUCAUUCAACGACAAAGGACUGAGGAAGACCUAGCCCUAAUUGGUAUAGGAGAGUUAAAAUUGGACGAGAGCUAUGAAAGCUCUGGAAUAAAAGAAACGGUGUUUUUCAGAAAAACCAAAGUGCAGCAAGAAGCGGCUUUAGCCAAAUUUAGAACACUUGCUGUUAAGAACACUGAUGUUAUUACGCCCGAUCAGCCAGAUACAAAUCAUAAAUUAAGUGUUCCCAUAGAAGACAGUGGCAUAAUUCGCGUUCCUUUUGCAGUGCUAAAGACAAUGUAUUCAGAUGCCUUGACAAUAAUCGAAAAACAUUCAGUUAUCACUGACCCCGGCACGGGAGACAACCCUCCUCGAUAUGUGGCAAAUGAUGUGCCUAACGCCGCCGCAUAUGUGGUAACAAUGAACAAUUCACGACAGGGGAAGUACUAUAAGUGCAGUAGAACUUGUCUCCGCUAUGUCACAUAUGAUAUCUGUGCACAUACAAUAGCUGUUGCAGAAAUCGAUGGGUCAUUGCUAAACUUCAUGCGUCUGUAUCGGGCAUCAAACCAGGGACCACCUAGGUUGGAUGCCUUGAUGCAGCUCGAUCUACCCAAUGGUCGUGGCAGCAAAAAAAACAAAGCAACUCAGCGACGUAAGGGAGCAUCCAACAAAAAGAAAAAGACAGUUGUAGAGGAUUACGCUGAAUCAGAUUUUGGGUCGUCAACAGAAGGCCCUUCGAAAGCGCCAACCACAACAACGACAGAAGCAACAACGGUACAAACAAUUAUGAGGGUGACAAUAAAAAUAAUGCAAAUAACAAAUUAAU